AUGUACAAAAUUAUUUCAUUUUUGACGUUGAUAGCUGCGUCGUCAGCCCAGUACCUGCCCAAUGGCUGUCCGUCAGACUUCCAAGUACACAUUCUGCUGCCACAUGAGUCAGACUGUUCAAAAUACUACAGUUGUAGUAAUGGCAAAAAAAUUGAAAUGAGCUGUGAACCCGGCACACUAUAUGACGUUAAUAUGCAAGUCUGCAACUGGGCGUUUCAAAUUGAUUGUCCUCAUCCACCAUCAAGUUCAUCGUCAACAACAACAAUUGCAGCAGCAACAACAACAACAAGUUUCGAUCACACUAUUCAGGGAUCAUCAACAACAACGGGAGAACCAACACUUUCGGAUGGAUCAACAACAACUGCUGGCGAUUCGACUAUGUCCUUAACAACUCAAGGAUCAACAACAGGAGAACAAACACCUCCCGAUGGAUGCACGACCACGGAAAGAUCAACAACAACUGGUGACGAUACAACCGUGUCCACCACAACACAAGGAUCAACAACAGAGGAUGAUGGUCCCUGUCCUCCGGACGCUUACGGGAAUGUCCCCCAUCCAGACGAAUAUAAUGCUUUCUACUUAUGCGUUAGUGGAGUUGCAGUCAAAUCGUACUGCGCCAGUGGUUACGAGUUUGAUGCUACGGUCAGGACAUGCGUGGUUAUAGCCGAAGGAGGUUGCACCCUCGGCUCUGGUUCCACCACAGGACCCGUCACUACACCGGACGGCUUCCAAUCGACUACAACUAUGCAGACGACCACGGACAGCAAUGAAGUGACCGGCUCAAUCACUGUAAAUGGGGAGGAAAACUGCAGGGGACAAAAAGUUUUGAUUCCUUGCACCACUGGAAUGUGUUUCGAUUGCACUAUUCAGGGAUCAUCAACAACAACGGGAGAACCAACACUUUCGGAUGGAUCAACAACAACUGCUGGCGAUUCGACUAUGUCCUUAACAACUCAAGGAUCAACAACAGGAGAACAAACACCUCCCGAUGGAUGCACGACCACGGAAAGAUCAACAACAACUGGUGACGAUACAACCGUGUCCACCACAACACAAGGAUCAACAACAGAGGAUGAUGGUCCCUGUCCUCCGGACGCUUACGGGAAUGUCCCCCAUCCAGACGAAUAUAAUGCUUUCUACUUAUGCGUUAGUGGAGUUGCAGUCAAAUCGUACUGCGCCAGUGGUUACGAGUUUGAUGCUACGGUCAGGUCUUGCGUCCCCAUCGCUGAGGAAGGCAGCACAAUGAGCCAAACUACAACUUUGGCACCGACGACUAGUUCGACUUCGACCACUCCGCCAGAAACAACCACAGUAGACCCCAACUGUCUUCCAGGCACGUGGGGCGAUGUCCCCCACCCAGAACUGUGCAACUCAUUCUAUUCAUGCACAGGAGGACACGCAAUCCAACUGUUCUGCACUGAAGGCUUCGAAUUCGAUCCUAAACAUAAGACAUGCGUGGUCAUAGCUGAAGGUGGAUGUACUCUGGGUUCAGCAACUACUCCUGAGGGGCCAUCAACAACUGAAAAUAUUGUCUCUAGCACAACUCUUGCUAACGUUGCGACAGCCUCAGCGCCAGCAUUGGAUGAAACAAUUUGUGGCUGUGUAGAGAUCGCUGAAGGAGGCUGCACGUUCCAAUCUGCAACUACCACAGGAGCUACUACGAUUGCUGACCCGCCAAUAUACGCAGAAGGCCAAUAUCUUAACAUACCCCACCCUGAACUGUGCAACUCGUUCUACUCGUGCACAGGAGGCCAGGCUGUCCAGCGCUUCUGUAGCGAAGGUUUUGAGUUCGAUCCUAAUGUGAGAGAAUGUGUCAGGAUCGCUGAAGGAGGCUGCACGCUCGGAUCUCAAACGACCCCAGCCGUAGAUGUCACAACUACUUCAAGCUCUGAACUGCCUGACACAACUACAGAAAGAGAUCCAGAUGACUUCCUUCCUGGUGAUGUCGUUACAACCACUGAACGUGGAGUGACGUCUACAUCGGAGCCUACGACUACUGCUGCCAGCAGCACUAGCUCGGACGUAGAUGAUGUACCAACUGAAGGAUCAACAACAAUUGAUUACGAAACGACAACAUUGCCUACAACCUACGGCACUACCACGGAGGCUCCGAUCUGUGCUUCAGACAUGUUUGGCAACGUACCUCACCCGGACAGAUGCGAAAUUUUCUACUUAUGCUCCGGUGGCAACGCUUUACUGUUUACUUGCAGCGAAGGACUCGAAUUUGAUCGUGAAACCAGGGUAUGCGUGCCUUUCGGUGAAGGAAAAUGUACGCUUCCACAGCGCUCAGGUCAGAAGACAGAAGCGAAAAUUAAGUUGACCACAGAAGCGUGGAAGACCACAGUAAACUUCAUGUGCCCUGACAACGAGGACCGCUUUUUGGCAGACCCUAACAACUGUGAUAAGUUCUUCCGAUGCGUUGAAGGAUACGGCAUACAGAUGCAUUGCCCUAAUGGACAGGAGUAUGACGCUUCGGGAGAGAAAUGUGUCGCCAUCGCCAAAGGAGGUUGCUCAUACAACAAAAGGCAAGAAAUUAAAUCAUAAUCUGCUACAGAGAAUCGUCUCACUCGAUAACGACAAAACUGAACAAACAUUAAUCGCUCGACAUUAUGAUAACUGAACAAAGUGACUUUGUCACUAUUUCAUUU